CUCGGAUGACGUGGAUCGUCGUUCCCAUUGAGAACAAAUACUUGUCCAUAGCUUGUUCGAUUCGAGAAAGCAGUAACGCAAAUGGCGACAAAGGGAUGUAUUUUGAUUGUUGCUUUAUUAUUAGUACCAGCUACAGUACUCUGCAUCCAAGAUAAAUGUGCUGCUUGCUCUGCCAUUGCUGAGGAGCUGGAGCAUGGACUUUUGAAAGAAAAGCCAAGAAACCACUUAGACAUGAGACAUCGUCUGGAUUCUAAAGGUCAGCGUGAAGGGAAACUUAUUGAUUACAGAGUCAGUGAGCUAAGAGUUGUUGAACUCUUGGAGGACCUCUGUGAAAAGAUGCAAGAUUAUACACUGGAGAAGGUGGAUUCAAGCACAAAAACUUGGAUCAAAGUAGAUAAUUGGGACCAUCUCAAGACUAAUAAGCAAGAAGCUCGAGCACAUGCAAAAGCUAUGUCAUCCUUCUGUGGAAGGUUACUCGAGCAAACUGAAGAUGAGUUGGCAGAACUGAUAAAGAAAGGAUCAGUCAAAGUUGGAGAUGUUACCAAGGUAUUAUGCGAAGAUCUCAGCAACUAUUGCAACGGAACAAGUUCCAAUAAGGCAGUAGGUGAUGAAAACGAAGAUGCAGACAGAGAACUUUGACCUGAUCAAUCCUUGUCUUUUCUUGACUGGUUGAUGGGUAAAACGGAAGAUUGUCACUGUCGUAAACCCGGCAAGCAGAUAUCUGAGUUCGAUAGAAGUGGCAGAAUUUUUACGUCCUAUUUCUUCGUAUCUCUUUAUGUCAUACAAGAUACAUCUUCUUCCUUCCUUUUUAUUAGAGCAUGUAUCAGUCGUUGCAAGUUGUACUCAAGAUUAACUAACUUUAUCGAUGAACAAUAUCAUUGUUUUUCAUGCCCUA